AUGGACUACAGUGAAAUACUGGAUUUCAGUGACAAAGGGGAGUCCAAACUGGAGAUUUUGAAGUUCAGUUAUAACUGGGCGGAGGAGGUAGAGAGGCAAGAAAGAUUGGAGGCAAUGGAGUUAGAAGACAGAGAAAGAAAAAAGAUUGUGAAAGCCCUUAUGAAGAAAGUUCACCAAGAAAUGAUUGACAUUAUUAACAAAAAGUCAAAGAAGAUGCGCAAAAUACGGUCUGACAUGGCAAGGAAGACAGAUAAAAUGGAGGCUAUCCACAGAGAGCUAAAGGACACUACAGCCAGAAAGUCAAGCGAGAUGGAGAAAGUACAGGCCGACAUGAUGCGAAAAAAGGAGUUAAUGCAGGAUAUCCAUAGAGAGCUGAUGGAAACCAUAACCAGAAAGAAAAACGAGAUGCAAAAAAUAUGGUCCGACAUGAUGAGGAAGAAAGAUCAAAUGGAGGCUGAACACAGAGAGAUUAAGGACACCACAGCUAGAAAGUUAAGCGGGAUGGAGAAAAUACAAGCCGACAUGAUUCGAAAAAGGGAGCUAAUGGAUGCUGUACACAGAGAACUUAAGGACACUAUAGCCAGAAAGUUAAGUAAGAUGGAGAAAAUACAGGCCGACAUGAUGCGAAAAAGGGAGCUAAUGGAUGCUGUACACAGAGAACUUAAGGACACUACAGCCAUAAAAUUAAGCAAGAUGGAGAAAAUACAGGCCGACAUGAUGCGAAAAAGGGAGCUAAUGGAUGCUGUACACAGAGAACUUAAAGACACUACAGCCAGAAAGUUAAGCAAGAUGAAGAAAAUACAGGCCGACAUGAUGCGAAAAAGGGAGCUAAUGGAGGUUGUUCAUGGAGAACUUAAGAUCGAAUGUCAAAGAAAGAAAACCGCUCGUGCUGUUAUAACGAAAGUUCUGCAGGAAUGUAUGGAAACGGUAACCAAAAGGACCAAUUAUAUGAACCACAUUCGAGCAGAUUUAUACAGAAAACUAGAAAUGAUGAAAGCAGUCCACAGGGAGCUUGUGAGAGUGGAGGAAAAGAAAAAAGAUCGACUCAUUAAGGAGUUCAUCAACUAUGUGAUUCAAAUGGCGGAAGAAAAGCUUCUAAAACAACUUGAGCAAAGAUUAAGAGAGACAAGCUCCGAAAUGAAAUCACACACAGACCAAAUCCAGCAAAAAGUACAGGAGAAAUCAAAAAAUUCCUGCAUGGAGGGAGAAAUGGAAGCUAAUGAGGAGAAUAACAAUGUAUUGUUUGUACCCAGGAAACUCUUCCUCUUCAAUAUAGACUAUUUCAAGGACAGCUCAAAGAGUGAAAAGCUAAAUCAAACCAAGUAUACUCCUAACCCCUUAUUAAGCAUGGGAAAUUUGGAAGAUAAACAUGCUCAUGGAACAUGUUCAGAAAAGAAAUCCUCCCCAACCAAGACAAGAAAAAACAUCAAAACCCGUGUUUUAAAGUUUUUGGGACUGAAAUGA